CGACACAGGUCCACGUUAUUCCUUCAGAAAAAACACACCUCCGUGUGACAGGAAAUGUGGUAAAGUGGUUCCGCCUGGCGGAAGGACAUUUUAUAAGGGUGAGGCGCAGAAGCCGGAUCCUCUUUCCCCUUCUCAGCGGCGAAAUGACCAAGAAGAGAAGGAACAACGGCCGUGCCAAGAAGGGCAGGGGCCAUGUCCAGCCUAUCCGCUGCACCAACUGUGCUCGCUGUGUCCCCAAGGACAAGGCUAUUAAGAAGUUUGUCAUCCGUAACAUUGUUGAAGCAGCUGCUGUCCGAGAUAUCUCUGAAGCAAGUGUCUUUGAUGCGUAUGUGCUGCCCAAGCUCUACGUGAAGCUUCAUUAUUGUGUUAGCUGUGCCAUCCACAGCAAAGUAGUGAGGAACCGUUCCCGUGAGGCCCGGAAGGACCGUACUCCUCCACCUCGGUUCAGGCCUGCAGUAAGUUUAAUGCCACAUUGUUCAUUGAAAACAUACUCCGUUGCACUUAACUGGAAAACUAUGUUUUGAGAGAAUGCAGUGUUACAAAGACUGUGCAUUGUCCAGUUGAAUCAAUCCUGAAGCAUGUACAAGUUCUGCAAGGAGCUAUUAUUCCAAGGAACUUGAAAUCUGAGAUUCAUAUUUUUUAAAAAACAUACCAGAUGGAAAGCCAUGAACACUAUGGUUUGUGGUCUUGACAUGUAAACCAGGGCCCUAUACAUGUCCUUAACCUAAUUUUGGAUUGAACAAGAGUCCAGUGGCAUCUUUAAGACCAACAAAGCUUUAUUCAAGGUCUGAGGUUUCAUGUGCAUGGAAUUUACCAGUCCAUACUUAUAAAGCAGGGGUUAAAUAGCAAAUGAAAUUCCAAUCCAUUGUAUCUGAGGAAAGCUCAUGCCUUGAAUAAAACUGUUGGUAUUAAAUGUGCCACUGGACUUGAAUUUUGUUCUACUGCUUCAGAUUAACACAGCUGUCCACCUGGAUUUAUAAUUUUAGAUUGUGUGUGAAGUACUCCUGGUGGGGUAGCUAUCAUGAUCUCUAGACUGGAUGCUUUAUAGUGAUGAGAUAAUGAAGGUAUGCAGGAUUGCAGUCUAAGAAGAAGCAUGGUAUACAAGGGCAAAGGUUGGGAACAGCACAGGAAUACAGACACCUGGAUGUUAUAUGAUCACUUUUCAGUGACUUGCUAAACCAUUGAACCUGAGAGAGGCCAUGUCUGAGCUGGCAGCUGGGUGGUGCUUUUUAUACUCCAGUCAUGCAACAUGGUGCUUUUACAGAGUGACAUAAACAAAGUUUAGUAAGUGCCUGACCCAGAAAAGCAAGAAUACUCCAAAGGGGCAAGGCCAGCUCUCCAUAUUGCCUCUCCCUUGUAUUAUGCACUCAGUGCUCUUUACCUUUAUUAAGCCUACGCCAUAAGGAAAUAGAGCUGUUGUUUUUCUCUGGACAUCAGUACUAAGCUAAACACAUUCUCUUCUUCUUUUUAGGGUGCUGCACCGAGACCACCCCCCAAGCCUAUGUAAGGAAUUUGCCUGAGCGAUGUAAAUUUUUAACAUUGACUCAAUAAAUAACUUUACAGCUGA